CAUCUCGAAAAGCAGUUUAUAUCCAAUCAACCGGACAGUUUGAUUGGGCAAUUUUAUAAUAAACAGGUGCUAGGGUACGCCAGUCAACCUCUGGACGGGCGGGAACAUCGUCAAGUACCAUUAUAUUAGAAAAAAACUCUCUGAGUGAAAAAAAUAAUAGAAAAAAUGAUACGUCUGCUCGUUUUGGCCGUUGUGGCCAUUACGGUGAGGUCAGAGGAAGAACCAAUGAAGAACUUAACUACAAUAUCCUGGGCUCAUGCCGUCAAUAACAAAACAUACCUACAAGCCGCGCUAUCAAGCACAAUAAAUAUGCUCGAAGCAGACAUUGUCCUAGGCACAGUGGUGGGUAAGGAUGGCCCACCACUGCCCAUCAUGGCCCACCCACCAGCCACCACCUCCGAUCUAACGCUAGCCGAGUUCCUGGAGACGGUAGCCCAGCACAACUUGAAGGAAACCAACCCUGGAAGCAAGAAGGGGGUGAAGCUGGACUUCAAGAGUAUAGAGGCGUUUGAGCAGAGCCAAGACUUGAUUGGGCGUCAUCAGACUUUACCAAUCUGGCUGAACGCCGACAUCCUCCCUGGUCCGGUAGACGCAACCACGAAGCCAGUGGACCCUGCGAAAUUCCUCAAGCUUGGCUCCAAGCACGUCUGCGCGGUCCUCUCCGUCGGCUGGACUACCAACUACGGAGGGAACAUUACGGAGGGAGAGUAUACCAGUGAGCAGAUCGGCACCAUGCUCAGGAUGAUCAAUGAGAACCAUAUUAAUCAGACUGUGACUUUCCCUGAAGCCCAGCAGAUAUGGCGCAAGAAAAGGCAAGCUUGCUUAAAAUGCGCCAUGCGAAUACGAUCCACUCCCCUGCCUACCAAACAUAAUCAACAUUAAUAAAGUACGUGCAGGCCUCGCAGCAAACAGUCAGCCAGUGAUCCUGGACCUUCUUCGAGAAACCUCAUCCCUCAACUCCAGCAUGACAGUCUGGUCCAGUGAAGGAGACCACGUGGAGGUAGACCGUCUCCGGGCCCUCAUCCUCACGGUAGGCCUGGAGAGGACCUACCUGGACGUGCCCCAGGACUUGGCGGGGAAACUCCACCUGCCCCCACCUGAUGCGAAGGCCAA